GAUUUUUUUUUUUUUUUUAAAGUUGUUAAGAUCUCUCUCAUUUACCUGAGGAAGAAAAACCCAAGGAGUUGAAUUUCGAAAAUGGUGAAGGAAGUAGCAGAGAGUUGUGUCGAGAGUGUAAUGAUGGAGAUGGUAUCUGCUUACUGCAAUCGUUUCUAUGCUAAUAAACCUGAACUCGCUGCUCGGAGAAUCGAAGCUAUUGGUUACCAAGUUGGUCACCAACUCUCCGAAAGGUAUACCAUGGAAAGACCUAGAUUCACUGAUCAUUUAGAUGCAAUCAAGUUUAUAUGUAAGGAUUUCUGGUCUGAGCUUUUCAAGAAACAGAUCGACAACUUGAAGACCAAUCAUAGAGGUACUUUUGUUUUGCAAGAUAAUAGGUUUAGGUGGCUCACGCGCAUGUCGAUUGAUCCAGUGCCUGUAAUCGUUACGGAUUCUUCUCAAGAUCCUUCUUCCAUGGGCACAACUGAGAAUAAGGCAGGACAAGCUACGAGUAUGCAUCUCUACUUUCCAUGUGGGUUGAUAAGGGGAGCGCUUUCGAAUUUGGGAAUUCCUUGUGCAGUUUCUGCAGACAUGUCUAAUCUUCCUGCAUGUUCAUUUGUCAUCCGUAUAAAGGUGUAGCGAAUGCUCCUUUAAAAGUAGAAAAUAUUAUAAAAUGUGAGUCUAUGUUGUUUGCUACUUGUGGUUUGAAGGGGCAUUUGAUGCUUAAAAACGUUUUUGUACCUAUUUUAGUGAAUCCCCAGUGUCAAAAUUAUUGUUUGGUUCUUGCUGUUCCAGAGCAAGAUCUGUCUACAAUGCAUAUUCUUUAUUCCGCUAUUUUUGCUUCCUCAGUUCA